AUGGUAAUUACAAUUAUUCGUUUUAUUUUAAGUGAUUGUAUGUCAACACAAUUAUUUAAUUCAUCAGAUCUUUUAGGUUAUUCUAUCUUAUUCUUAGAUAGUUGUGUAAGUGCAACAAAGAAUGGAACAUCAGGAAAUGAAGUAAUUUCAACAUUGCUUUCAAAUAAGCCAAUUUGUGAUUCAUUAUUUGGUAUUGCAAUUAAAGCAUUUCCAAUGACACCAGAACCAUCAUUGAUGUUAAUAGGGUCAAUGUGUUAUUCACUUGAAGCAAGUUUUGCACCAUAUUGUCUUCCAUUAAUUCCAAAAACGGUAGAAUGGUUAAAUAGUGAAUUACCACCAAACAUAUACAAAUUGUUAUGUGAACUUGUAGGUGAUAUUAGUAUAACAAUACAAAAAGAGUUUGAACAAUAUGCAAGUAACUAUUUAGAAUUAAUUCUUAGAAUAUUUAAAAAGCCAUAUUUAACAUUUGGGGAUAAAACAGGUAUUAUUCAAGUAAUUGGAGAUAUCAUAGCAACAUGUCCUAAAGAAAGUCAAAUAGGGGUUCCAACAGUUGUAGAAAUAUUAAGUGGAGUUAAUACAGUACAAAGUGAAGAAGAUGAAGAAAUAAUUAGAGCAGUGAGUGAACUUAGAACAGCAGCAUUUUAUGUAUAUUCAACAAUAUAUCAGAAUUAUGUUAUUGAUGAUGUAAUUCCAUUUGUUAAAAUUACAAUUCAAUUAAUAUAUAUAUCAGUAAGUGAUAAAUUCUUUUAUAAAAUGCCACAAUUAAUUAAUUAUAUAACAAACACAAUAUAUGAUAUCAUACAUAAUAACAGUGCAGUUAAAUCACCGGAAUUUAUAGGAGAAAUGAAUAAUGGGAAUAUACCUAAAUUAAUAGGAACAAUGAAAGAAGUAUGUAAUGAUAAAGAAUGCAAGAAGAUGUUACAAAGUAUAACAAGAUAUUUACAUAUUCAAUGA